AUGGCCCGCAGCUUGCCGGCCUGCGGGAGCGAAGCUCGGCUGCGGCUGGGCCGGGACACUCUUCGGCCGGUGCCUGCGCUGCUGGUCCCCGCUGUGCUCCUGGGAGCAGCGCUUGGCCUGGGCCUGGGCCUCUGGCUCGGCUGCCGCGCUGUCCGCCGGCGGCAGCGGCACCAGAAAGACAACGCUCAAGGCCUGCUCAGGAGCCUGGAGACUCGAGUGCCAGCAGCCCCGGACACCAGUCCCACUGGGAGGCGGAGAAGACGCGAAACAAAUGUGUCCGGGGAGGAGGCUCUGGAUGAAUACGAGCCUUCUUUCAACAGUAACAUCACCGCCUUUGCACUAAAGGCCAAAGUCGUCUACCCCAUCAAUCAGAAGUUUCGGCCUCUGGCCGACGGCUCGUCCAACCCGUCCCUUCAUGAACCCCCUGUGGCCGUGCUGCCCCACCAGCCUGAUGCGUCACCGAGCAGCAGCCUGGGCACCCUGAGCCAGGCCGCCAAGGAUGACCGAAGCUCCUUGGCCAGCUCGCACUCGGCUUCCAGUGACCGGCUCCUGCGCCGCACCUUCCUGCGGGCCCGUAGCCUGCCAGAGGCGCUGAUCGGUGAGAGCCUGGACCUGGACUUGUGCAUCUACAACCUCCACCUCCAGGAUCUGCUGAGUCUGGACGCGGCCCUGAGGCAGGAGAAGCACCUGAUGUUUAUCCAGAUUUUAAAAAUGUGCCUCCUGGAUCUCCCUAAGAAGAAGCCUGAUGAUGAAUUAUGCCAGAAAAUUAUUUCAAAGCAAGAAAAUGACCUGGAGGAAUUGGAAAAGAGCCUUCAGCUCAGACUGUCGGGCACAGAGAUGUUGGCUGCCUGCGAGCCCGCCUACGUCACACUGGCUGACGUGGAAAAGAAGGAGCGUGAGAAUGCUGAGCUUUUGAUGCACAACAUGGAAGCUUUCUGGAAAAAGAUGGAAAGUGUCCAGCACCUUCUUGUGGACCAGCUGAAGUGCUCCCACUCCAAAGCCCGACAGCUCCUAAUGACACUGACCGAGAGAAUGGCUGUGGUCGAGGGGCUGCUGUUGGAUUCGCAGGACCUGCAUGUGCUGGAUGCCGUGGACAGGACCCUGGGGCGGGCGCACAUGGCCAAGGCCCUGGAGAUGCUGAAGCGGCAGGUGCAGGAGGAAGCGGAGUCCUGGCUGGCCGCCCUGUCCCAGUCCCUGGAGCAGCUCACAGCGGGCAGCCGGCUCUCCGGGCAGCAGAAGGAGGAGCUACUCACUCAGCAGCACAAGGCCUUCUGGGGCCAGGCAGAGCACUUUGGCCGAGAGCUGGUGCAGCGUGGCCAGGAGCUGGCGAAGGCGUCACUGGCCCAGCAGGUGGAGGGUGCUGCAGAGCUCAGGCGGGCCCAGGAGGAGGAGCGGAGGAGUUUCCUGGCCCAGGCGCAGCCCCCUGCAGAUCCCAAGGGCUUUCUCCAGGCUUUCCAUGCACUCCUGGAGCGGCAGCGGUUGAUUCUGAACGAGCAGGAAGAUCAGGAGACCCUCAGGAUGGCAGAGGCCCUGGUGGCACUGUGCCAGGAGCUGUACCACAAUACUGUGGGAGCCUUCCAGAAAUUCACGGACGUGCUGUUCCUUGAGACGCUUCCAGACCUGACGGGCUGGCCCAGGACCCAGAGCGAGUGUUUGCUGCAGGAGACACAGGAAAAUGCUGCCCGGCAGCUGGAGAAAUCCAACCGCUUCCGGAAGCAGCAGUGGAAGCUCUUCUGGGACCUUCUGGAACAGGAAAAACAGGAGUGGCUGGAGGAGUGCGCUUUGUCUACAGUGCUUCAGACUCAGCUUGGGGACAGCCAGGAGAGCGUCGUCCGUCAGGUGCUGAGCCGGCUGGGAGGACUCAGUGAGGAGUCUGAGCGGAGCAUCCUGCAGGGCCACAGCCUGGUGCUGUGCGCAGCUCUCCGCAGGCUGGCCCUGCGUGGCUGUGCCCUGGCCGCGGUGGCUCAGAUGCGGCUGUCGGGGAAGAAGAACCUGGUGCAGGAGCUCCGGGAGCAGCAGGCACUGGAGCAGGCAGCCCCAUGCCUGGACGAGCACCAGUGGCAGCUGCUCCGGGCACUGGAGGCACGUGUCCUGGACGAAGCGGCCCGGCUGCAGGACGAAGCCCAGCAGACGCGACGGCAGCUCCAGCAGCAGCUGCUGGCUGAGGCCCAGGGCGCGGAGCUGCUGCUCCAGCCUCACACCAAGCGAGCUGUGGCCCGGGCAUUGCUGGCUCAGGCACGCGUUGCCGCCACCAGGAGCUGUGCCAAGGACCGAGAUGACUUCAAGGCCACACUGAUGGAGGCGGCAGUGGAGAGCGUCUAUGUGACCGGCCCUGGCGUGGGCCGGCUCGUGGGUGCCUAUGAGGAGCAGCUGGGGAGGAUGAUGAAGGAACACGCAGAGCGGGUACUGCUGAGUCUGCAGAGCCUGCAGGGGGAGAGAGUGGAAAGUUACCGGCUACAGAAGAAGCAAGAGCUCAGCAAAGUCCCGAGGGGGACUGAGGUGGAUAGUGAUGCCCAGGGGUCCGGCCCAGCCCUGCAUCAGAGGAUGUGGGUGGAGCAGAAACGGUUCCUGGCGCAGUUCACCUCACACCAGCGAGUCCGCCUGCAAGCUCGGGAGCAGAUGGCCAAGGCCACAGAGGGUCUGCUGGCUCAGCUGGACACGCAGCUGCAGGAAGCAGAGCAGGCCUUCAUCUCGGAGCUGGCUGCACUAGCCCGGGUGCCCUUGGCUGAGAACAGAGUGUCACCCCAGAAGCGUGGACUGCCAGAGAAGCCUCCGAGGACCAAGAGGAAAAAGCCCCCUCCCAGGGACAGAGGCGACCAAGGGGCUCCAGAGGAGGAGGAUCUAGCUGCAGGGCCGCACAGCAGCACCAGGCUGAGCCCUCAGGAGAGCGGAUGGGCUGAAGGCGAGACCACCAGGAUUCCGAGGCCCAGAGCAGACGCAUAG